AUGUUGGAAAAAGGCAUUGAAGCGGCUCGUGCUCUAAUCAAGCACCUUCCUCGCGUUUCACUUGGAAACAUCAGACCGUUCCGGCCGACACCAACAAGAAAGCACAGAUUGGGUAAACAUGGCGGUCGAAAAUGUGGAAGAGGUAAUAAGGGUCAAGGACAAAGAAACACUUUACCACCUAUAGGAUUUGAGGGUGGCAAUACUCCAUUUCACAUUUUGAUUCCUAAAGAACCAUAUUACAAGGGUUUACACAUGAUGAAGGAGUACCCCACGCUAUCCCUAUCAUCACUGCAAAGACUUAUUGACGUGAAUCGCCUCAAUGCCAACGAGUUUAUUGAUUUGACAACUAUUAGCAAUACUAAAGUAUUGAAUAUUGAUCCAUCAAAGAAUCAUUAUGGUAUUAAUUUAACGGAUGAGGGUGUUGAUUGCUUUAAAGCUCGGGUUAAUAUCGAAGUGCAAUGGAUAUCCGAAAUGGCCAUAGCUGCCAUUGAAAAGAAUGGCGGAGUGGUGACGAGCAGAUUUUAUGACAUGAAGUGUGUCGAAGCCAUGGUUGAUCCAAUAACUUUUUUCAAAAGGGGCCUCUCGAUUCCGAGGUGCAAAUUGCCACCACAGGAUUUAGUUGAAUACUACACAAAUCCUGCAAAUAGGGGCUACCUUGCAGAUCCUAAACUCAUCGAAAAAGCAAGAUUUGAUCUUUCUCAAAAGUAUGGUUACAAAUUAAUUGAUGCCGUCGAUAUAAAUUCAAAUAAGAAGGAUCCAAGACAGAUAUGGCAUGGAUUGCAGCCUGGCUGGGUGAUCAAUUUACAAGAAAAAUGCAUCUUAAAGCCGAAGAAUGCUGAUCAUUUAAACUAUUAUUUCUCAUAA